GAUGACGCAAUGACGUCGUGCCGACAGGAAGUGGGCGUUUGCAAUCCUUACAGUCGUCUUUGUCGCCUUCUUUAAAACUAUUCAUUGUUCAUUAGUGAAUACAUCUGUUUGCAGUGUAUUCUUUCGAAGAAACUACAAGUGUCGGCCUGCAUCGUCAUAGCAGAGGAUCGACUCCUUUGGUGCCAUACAAAGCCAGAACACAGGUGAGUGUCCCCAGGUGUGAGCGGGACCCAAAGUGAAACUGACGGCGCCAUGAGGUGACGACUGUGACAGCGGGUGCUUGAAAACUCUGCGGACAUAUGGCAAGGAUCACGUUGUGGUGCCUGCCGGCGUCCUGGUACUGCGGCGUGGCCCCCAGACAGAAGCUGCUCCUACUGCUCCUUGCCACCUCCGUCGUGCUGCUCCUGGGGUCCUACCAGAGGCACCUGUGGGGCCCCCAGAGGGUACACGGGACCCGGGUCAGCAAGUAUCUCUCCAGCUUGGAGUCCAUGGAAGCCACCGACCUGUUGGACCCCGCCCUCAACUACGGUAUCGUGGUGGACUGCGGCAGCAGCGGCUCCCGCGUUUUUGUCUACUACUGGCCCCCCCACAACGGCAACCCCCACACGCUGCUGGACAUCCGACAGAUGAGAGACCCGGACCGAAAACCGGUGGUGAAGAAGAUCAAACCAGGAAUCUCCACGCUGGCGACGGCGCCGACGCAGGCCAGCGACUACCUCUAUCCUCUGCUCAGCUUCGCCGCCGCUCACGUUCCGAGAAGCAAGCACAAGGAGACGCCGCUGUACAUCCUGUGCACGGCGGGCAUGAGGCUGCUUCCAGACAGCCAGCAGGCGGCCAUUUUGGACGACCUGGUCACCGACGUUCCACUGGACUUUGACUUCCUGUUUUCCCGGUCGCACGCUGAGGUCAUCUCAGGGAAACAGGAAGGCGUGUACGCGUGGAUCGGCAUUAACUUCGUCUUGGGUCGCUUCGACCACGCCGACCAAGAGGACGCAACUGUCGAGGUGACGACGAGUUCGCAGCAUCAACAGCCAAUCAGCCGCCGCCGCACUGUGGGCAUCAUGGAUAUGGGCGGAGCCUCGUUACAGAUCGCAUACGAGGUGCCCGGCGCCAUCACCUUCAGCUCCCCACAAGAGGAAGAGGCGGGAAAGAGCGUUCUGGCGGAGUUUAACCUGGGCUGCGACGUGGAGCGCACGCAGCACGUGUACCGCGUGUACGUCACCACCUUCCUGGGCUUCGGCGGCAACAUGGCCCGCCAGCGCUACGAGGACCACCUGCUCAACAGCACGAUGGCAAAGAACAGGUUGCUGAGCACUCAGACGGGCCUCACUGAGGAGGAACCAUACCUGGACCCCUGCCUGCCCUUCGCACUGUCCGACACGGUGGUCCGAGACAACCACACGUUGCACCUGCGGGGUCAGGGCGACUGGGCUCGCUGCCUGCACGCCGUCCAACCCUUCCUGGGCCUGCGCAACGCCACCACGUCGGCAGCAGGGGGCGUCUAUCAGGCGCCCAUCAACUUCAGCAACAGCGAGUUCUACGGCUUCUCUGAGUUCUACUACUGCAUGGAGGACGUGCUGCGUAUGGGGGGGCAGUACGACAGCGCCAAGUACUCGCGAGCCGCCACGGACUUCUGCGCCACCAAGUGGUCGACACUGAAACAGCGUCUGGACAACAAGCUCUUCUCCCAGCAGGCCGACAUCAACAGACUCAAGUCUCAGUGCUUCAAGUCGGCCUGGAUGUACCAGGUCCUGCACGCCGGCUUCCGCUUUCCCAGCGACUACCGCAGCCUGAGGACGGCCCAGCUGGUCUACGACAAGGAGGUGCAGUGGACUCUGGGAGCCAUCUUGUACAAGACACGCUUCCUGCCUCUCAGGGACCUCCAGCAGGAGGCGCUGCGGCAGAGCCACCCCAGCUGGCUGCGCUGGUCCUUCGUGUACAACCACCACCUGUUCUCCCUGUGCAUCCUGGUGGUGGUGCUCGCCAUCCUGCUCUACAUCCUGCGGCUACGACGCAUACACCAGCGCGAGCAGCGACAGGCCGACGCCCUCGACCUCCUUUGGGCCGAAGAGGGUGAGGCGCUCCUGCCGUGAGGACGCCAACCGAAGGACUUAUAACAUUCCUUGAUAUGGAAAAGACAGUAGGGGGCACUAUUUUGCAAACGGGAUGAAGACGUUUUUUUUUUUUUUUUUUUCCCCCAGAUGACAUCAUCCCGCUGUCCUACUUGAAUAAUCGUUCUGACCAACCUCAACUUUUUUGUCUUGAACUCUACUACUGACGGAACAAAACGCCCCUCACCACUUCUGUGUGCAAUUUUUAAAUACUGUGAAAUGGAAAGGGUACCAACAUCACCUUUUAACCACCCUGACGCUUGUCCUCCAUUCUUGUUCUUACACUGUCUUCCCGUAUGAUGUCCCUGUCCUCAAAUGUCCAUUCCUGCACAAUAAAAGGCGAAACGAGCAUGGUGCAAUACUGACCUGAUAGGAUGUUGAUCCAUGUGAAUAGAAAUCAAUAAAAAAAAAACAUCCU